AUAGCCACACAAAUAAAAACAGAAACAAAUUUCUCUCAUGAUUAAUCUCAACCCAUGAAGAAGAGAUUAGUUGAAGGCCAACUCAGCUGGACAAAGCAGGAAUGUGCCUAUAUAAGAAGUACAAAGCACCGGCAGCCCUCCCCACCACCAUCCUCCGCUCCUUAUUCCAUCACUUUGGAAUCCCAGAGGGCAUACUCCUUGUUUCUUUCCUGCACCUCCCAUACAAGACAUUUUGUAACCUAAGAGAACUUUCAUCAUCGGUACAGUACGGUGAUAAUAAUUAUAAUUAAGUAAUGGAGCAGAGAAAGGUAGAAGAAUCAUCAGUAGUGGAAGUACAUGCUCAUGCUCAUGCUCAUGAUGAUGAGGAGAAAUGGGUUUAUGAUUCUUCUGUGGAUCAUAAAGGAAGAGUUCCUCUCCGCGUCUCCACUGGUGUUUGGAAAGCCUCCCUCUUUAUCAUUGCAAUUGAGUUCAGUGAGAGGCUGAGUUACUUUGGAAUGGCAACGAGUUUGAUCAUAUACCUUACCAAAGUAAUACAUCAAGACCUAAAAGUAGCUGCAAAGAGUGUGAACUACUGGCUUGGGGUUACCACCAUGAUGCCCCUUUUGGGUGGCUUCCUUGCUGAUUCCUACUUGGGCCGCUUCUCCACCGUCCUCGCUUCCUCCAUCAUCUACCUUGCGGGCUUGCUUCUCCUAACAAUGUCUAGAGUAGUUCCAAGCUUGAGGCCUUGCCCUUCAGAUCUGUGUCACCAAACCAGCAAAGUUCAUGAAGUAGUCUUCUUCCUUGCCAUUUACCUAAUUUCCAUAGGAACCGGAGGGCACAAGCCGUCUCUUGAGAGCUUUGGAGCUGACCAGUUCGACGAUGAUCACUCAGAAGAGAGGACGAAAAAAAUGUCAUUCUUCAACUGGUGGAACUGUGGCCUUUGUGGGGGACUCCUGCUUGGCGUCACAGUAAUUGUUUAUGUGCAAGAUCAUGUCAGCUGGGGCUCUGCAGAUAUCAUCCUCACUGCAGUCAUGGCUAUUUCGAUAGUGAUUUUUUGCGCGGGAAGGCCAUUUUAUCGGUAUAGGGUACCCAGAGGGAGCCCCUUAACACCAAUGCUGCAAGUUCUUGUGGCAGCCAUUGCCAAGAGAAAUCUUCCUUACCCGACCGAUUCUGCAGAGUUGUAUGAAGUUCCCAAUUUACAGAAAAGUCAAGGCAGGGUUCUAUGCCACACUGAGAUGCUAAAAUUUCUUGACAAGGCUGCCAUCCUGGAAGAGAAUUACAAAGAGCAGCACAACCCAUGGAGACUUGCCACUGUAACCACUGUUGAAGAGACCAAGCUAGUGCUCAACGUUAUUCCCAUUUGGCUGGCUACCUUGCCAUUUGGAAUGUGUGUAGCUCAAUCGACUACCUUCUUCAUCAAACAAGGGGCUACCAUGGACCGGAGACUCACAGACACCUUCCUCAUCCCUCCCGCAACGAUCUAUGCUCUGGCUGCCAUUGGAAUGAUCACUGCUGUCGCCAUCUACGAUAAAAUCCUCGUGCCCAUUUUGCGAAGGGCAACCAGAAAUGAGAGGGGCAUCAACAUCCUCCAGAGGAUUGGCAUUGGCAUGGCUUUGACAAUUUUUGCUAUGGCAGUUGCAGCCUUGGUUGAGAAAAAGCGACUGAAUGUUGCCAAAAGUAAUCCACACAAUCUUCCUGUUCCUAUGAGUGUGUUUUGGUUAGCUCCACAGUUUGUCAUACUUGGGGUGGGGGAUGCUUUUAGUAUUGUGGGUUUGCAGGAGUAUUUCUAUGACCAAGUUCCCGAUUCCAUGAGAAGCUUAGGCAUCGCUCUCUACCUCAGCGUGAUUGGAGCUGCGAACUUCCUAAGUAGCCUCCUAAUAACAAUUGUUGAUAACUUGACUAGCAAGAGCAGUGAAGGGAGUUGGUUUGGGAAGGAUUUGAAUACUAGCCGGUUGGACAAAUUUUACUGGCUAUUAGUCAUCAUGAACAUUGCGAACAUUUGCGCCUAUGUGAUCUUGGCUAGACGGUACACUUACAAAAAUGUGCAACGAAAGGCAACUGUUGCUCUGGUGAACUGUUAUGACGGUGACAAGUUUGUGGGAAUAGCUUGAAAUGCAAAUCAUUAGUAAGUUUAUGGCAUUAUGAGGGGCAAAUUAAAGCUUUGGGCUACUUUAAAUUUCAACAUCAUCUAUGUAAUAAUCAUUAGAAAGAACUAUGUAUGAAUAUGUUACAUAUUCAAUAGUCAAGUGUUUCAAGUACAA